AAAAACGAAAGUAGAAUUUGUUCUAACAAAAAGUGAAAGUAGCUUAUCUAGAUUUCUAAAUCCCCUAUUCUACGUCUGAUAUCAGUAUGCCAAAGGGAUACUACAACCCCAAACAUAACUUUUUACUCUAACCACACACUGAUAAAUAAGCCUGACUGUCUCCUGUGUCCAAAAAAACAUCAUGAAUGGAAACUUUAUUAUGAAGCCUAUUGGCACAAUGAAAAGUGUCUUUCACUACAAAAAUGGAACACCUCGCCAGUCAUCCCUUUGUCAAACAGCAAGAGGUAUCCUUACAAUUGAAAAAACUAUUUUCAAUAACCCAGAGCACUCACUGGAGGGACUUGAACAGUUUUCACAUGCAUGGAUUCUGUUUGUUUUCCAUAAAAACAAUAAUGCUCACACAAAAGCUAAGGUCAAGCCACCUCGUUUAGAUGGACAGAAGGUCGGAGUUUUCUCUUCACGAUCUCCGUAUAGGCCAAACAAUAUUGGUCUUUCAUUGGUCAAAAUAGAUAAAAUAGAAGGAGCUACUGUCCACUUUUCUGGCAUUGAUCUCUUGGAUGGAACUCCAGUGCUGGACAUCAAACCAUAUAUUCCAGAUUAUGACCAACCAAGAACUUUUUCUCUAGAUGACCCAGAUCCCCCUUCUAAGACAGAGUUGGUUGCUGAAAACAAUGAAAAUAAAAGUAACCUAUUUCCUGAGUUGAAGGAUACUGUUAUACUGUGCCAGAAUAAUUCCAACUCUGGUCAAUUAGCAAGUGCUGAGAGUAGAGCUUGUCAGGCUCAGACUGCUUGCGGAACUGAAGAGCUAGACACAUCUGUACCCAGCCUGCACCCUGUUGUUGAAGGCUUUUAUUCCUUGUCAGCCGCCCUAGAAAAGGCAGGAGAAACACUGGGUCAGGGUGCUGUCAACAGGAGCUUUGAUCCACCCCUUAAGGAUUCAGUAUGUGUAAAUAAAAGUGACCAAAAUGACUGUCUUCAACAAGAUGUUGAAAUUGAAACUGAUUUAGAAAAUACUCAGGUUGAUCUUUUGAUAGAUAAUAUUAUUUCUAAGACAUUGCAAGAUUUAACGUCUAUUUUACCUAGUAAUUGUUCUGUUGUAAGUGAUCAAGCUACCCACUCAAUAUCAAGUAGAAGUAACGCAAGUAUUAAAAGUAAUGAACCGAAUAGUAAAACUAACAAUAAAGAACCACAACUCUGCAGGGAUUCGUCUUCAGAAAAUUUAUCAUCAGUUACUUCCCAUGGACCAGUCGGCUCGAACAUAUCCCCAGUUGUUGCCCCUUGGUUGUCGAAACCACCGGUUAAAAAACUACAAGUCGAGUUCACCGCCCAAGCUCGGCAACAGCUGGACAAGUUUAGUCAAAGCUCCACAGAUCCUCUCUACAAACUGGACAUGUUGACAGGCGCCGAGGAGGCGACGAGGUCUAUAGCAGAGAUCCUGCGAGAGGAGCCUAGGUCGGUGUACCGGCGCCACCACUGCCAGGACAGCUUGUACUUCUUCACGCUCGACCGGAUGCACGUCACGUGCUGGUUUGAUGAUGACGUGGCUCAGGUCGUCAGGGUCAAGCCGGUCAGUCUGGUGCCCAAGUUAAAAACUAAUUAGUUUUUAUAAUCAUGUUUAGGGAUGUUUUGAAAAAGUACUGAAAAUUAUUUUAUUAUAUGCACCAGAAUCUGUAAAGUCUGAAAGUUAGAAACAAUAAAUACGG